UACAUCUGUUAUUAGGUUGUACAGAAGGAUUUCAGAAUAUGGAUGCAGUUAACCAAUUGUUGAGAUUCAGUCGAAAUAUUAUGGGACCGAUAAUUUUUCCAGGUACAAAAUGGUGUGGAACUGGCAACGUAGCAACAAACUUCACCGACCUUGGAAUCCUCAGAGAUCUCGAUAUGUGCUGCAGAACCCAUGACUCUUGUCCAGAUGUCAUUCUGGCCGAGGCAACGAAAUAUAACCUAACCAAUACUAGUUCUUUCACAAGAGUUUCUUGUGACUGUGACCAUUCAUUCUAUAACUGUUUGAAGUCGGCACACAAAAUAUAUGCAGAUUUGGUCGGGAAGACAUAUUUCGUGUAUUCUAGGACGAAAUGUUUCAGUAGCUGCAGAACAAAUUUUGAGUAA